UAAUCAGUUGAAAUUAUUUGCACGAAACAUGGCGGUUCCAAUGAUAACCGUUUCAUCGUCAACAUGUGAUCCAGAGUCAGCUUGGGUUAAUCUCAACCAAUGGGAAGCUAAACAUUUGAUUAAUUUUAUAUCACCAGUAACAAUUUUCCUGAGAUCAGUAAUAGACGUAGUAAAUCACUUGCAAAUUAAAAAUGGUCAGAUUUAUAUUGAACAAGAAUUAGCUUUUUAUUUACCCUGUUUAAUUAGUGAACCGUCCCUUGUUAACUUUACUUUCCGUACGCUUGAAAUUAAUGAUGAUACCAAAGGAAUCAAAAUUCAACAGUUGAUUCAACUAAUUGGUUCUUCUGUUAAACAAAAGGUUGUCAACUUUAUUGGUGUGGGCCGAUCAUCGUUCGUCAAUAAGUUAAUUGAAACGUUUCGCCAAAACAACUUAUUCAGACAUCCGUUUAAGUUAAUUGUCCUAUCAAAAGACGAGGAUAAAAUAAAAUGCUUCUUGUGCAAACAUGGACAACUUAUAGCUGGUCAACCCUUGUUUUUACCAAGUAGUGAUUAUGAUGAGCCACCAUUAUCAGCUCAUUUCCAUCCAACCAAGUUGCCUGCUAAAGAUGUUUUUGAAUUUUAUUAUUACCAUGAUCUGAUUCAUCUUUUAUUGCAAUCAGUCAAUUCAAUUUCAGAUCAACUCAACGCUACAAUCAAUGGCACAUUUUCAUCUUUAUCAACAAAACAAAGCGAACUAAGUUGCUGGACAAAUCAGUCAUCUUCUGACAAUUUGAAAAAGUUGAUAACUAUUCCAUUUGCAGAAUCUUUGGAAAAUUAUGGCGAAGAAAAUUAUGGUAAACUUGGACCCUUUAAAUUAACUAAAGUCCAUUCUAAUGACAAUUCAAUAACUGGUUAUCAAGAAAUUUCAAUAAGAUUGAAAAGACACACAUAUUAUGCUGAUUAUUUUGACCGCGAAUCUAUUGGGGAAUGGGAAGCUGGAUUGCCGAAUGGACGAAUUUACUAUACCGCUAGACAAUCUGAAGAUAGUGACGCGAGUGAUUCAGCGAGAGUUAAGAUUGCUGUUUUUCUGACGCCACCAUACUUAACCAAACGGAUGAAUGGCAGUGAAAUUAUAUAUGAGGGUUUCUUGAUUGAACUAUUUGAUGAAAUCAGACAUUUAUUAGGUGAUAAAUUUCCUGCCUAUGAGUUGGUAGAGAUCACCGAAACUGCUAUUGGAUUGAUGGAAAUAAAUUUAGAAGAAGAAGAAGCGGAAGAAGGAAAUUCUGAUAUAGUUUUUUCAGGAUUAAUCAAUGAAAUAAUUCAAGGAACUUAUGAGAUGGCAUUAGCUCUGACUGAAGUGACCGAAGACCGUACCAUUGGAGUCGAUUUCAGUCAACCUAUUUUCGAUUUGAUUGGAUUCUCGAUAUUAAUGAAAAGACCAAUUAGAGAGUCACAUGAAUGGAAAUUCAUAACCGUACUGGAAUGGGAUGUUUGGCUAUGUAUUUCAGCUGCAUAUCUAUUCACAUCGAUUUUAUUGUCCAUCUUUGAUCGAUUCUCACCUUACAGUUUUAGAAACAGGCCUGAAAAAUUUGAACAUGAGAGUGAGGAAUGUAAAAGAAUCUUUACCUUAAAAGAAUCACUUUGGUUUUGUUUCAUCUCAUUAACACCUCAAGGAGGAGGUGAUGCACCCAAAUGUAUCUCUGGACGAUUGGUUGCCGCCAUUUGGUGGCUCUUUGGAUUCAUCUUUGUGGCCUCUUACACGGCCAAUUUGGCUGCUUUCUUGACCGUUUCAAGACUGGAAAACCGUGUCGACUCCAUGGAUGGUCUCUCAAAACAGUAUAAAAUUAGAUAUGCACCUAUCGAUAAAUCAGCUGCUGAUGGUUAUUUCACCAAAAUGGCCUACAUUGAAGAUAAAUAUUACGAUAUUUGGAAAAAUUUGUCACUCGAUGAUAGUAUUGAUGAAGAUGAGCGAGCUAAUUUAGCAGUCUGGGAAUAUCCAGUUAGUGAUAAAUACACCAAAAUCAAGGCUCAAAUUGUUGAAGCAAAAAAGCCGUACUCUUUAGAAGAAGGAUUUCGUCGUGUUCGAGAAUCUGUAAGCGCUAGCGAAGGAUUUGCUUUAAUAUCUACUUCUUUGGACGUUGAAUAUUUCUCGUACCUUCACUGUGAUGUUUACAAAGCUGAACAGGAUUUCGCUUUCCAUCCAAUCGCUUUACCAAUAUCAAAGAAUUCACCCAACAAUUUAAAAGAAUUGAUAGAUCCUAUUAUUCUUGAACUUAAAGAAAAUGGUUUCAUUGCUUCGCUCAGAACCAAAUAUUGGGAAAACAAUCCAGAACGUAAAUCUUGUCCUGAUUGGCGAAAACUAUCCAAUGGAUUAAUUCUUGCUGAUACAUGGGGAAUGUUUCUUAUAAUCGGGAUUGGCUUAAUCUGCACACUAAUUGUUAUCAGUAUAGAAAAUUGUAUAAUUAUUGCAAUGAGAAAGAAAAAGUCAACCGUCAAAACGAAAAAAGAAUUGAUCAAAAAAUUCUACUGACCAAAUAUUCCUUCUCCUAAUUUAUCGUCUAUUGAUUACUCUUAAUGUUAAAUUUCAAUUAGAUAGCAAUGAAAGAGAUUCAACAAAAGUAGAGUUUGCAGUAUAAAUUUGUAAAUGAGUGUUGAAUUAUUUUAAAACAAAAUAAAGUGUUUAAGUUUCCGUU